AAAGAGGAACCCUGAACUCAAUUCAUCACCUUCUCCUGUCUAUCUGUCUCUGAAUCUCCACUGCAUCAAGUUCUCAUCUCCUCUUUUGCUAAUCCUAAUCCAAUAUAUUGAGAGAAAAAACAACAAUCUUUGAUUUCGAUGAAAGCUUUGAGAGUUCUCAGAGCCCUCUCGUCACAGAAACCCAAUAUUUAUUCAACUUCUUCUUCUUUUUCUCUCUUCCGAUUCUACUCGGCACAAUCUCAAUCAGAAAAUGAUUCAAUUGAAGAUUACGAAGCUCCUCCUUCGUUUGACAGCAGUGAUUAUUCAUUACCAACUACUGUUGUUGAUGCUCCUUCAACCCAAGAACCGAUAUGGGAUAAAUCUCAUCGAAUUAAAGCUGAUAAAGUAAUCUUUGGUAAAGACACGAUUCAGCAGAAAUCAAUUUUAAAAACUGAUGAGAGUAGUAAAAGAGCUAAAAUUCUUGCAAGAGCUCUGCUGGAAGCGGGUAUGGAGAAAUCUGAUGUUGAAGAGGAAGACGAUAUGAUUGUUAAAGAGGAGGAUCAGAAAUCUCUUUCUGUUGGGAUUAUUGGUGCUCCUAAUGCUGGCAAAUCUGCUUUGACUAAUUUCAUGGUUGGAUCAAAAGUCGCUGCUGUUUCGCGUAAGACAAAUACGACUACGCACGAAGUUUUAGGAGUGAUGACCAAAGGAAACACUCAAAUGUGCUUUUUUGACACACCGGGGUUGAUGUUAAGGAGUAGCGGACAUCCUUGUAAAACAGAUGUAGGAGUUCGGGUUGAAAGCGCCUGGAGCUCAGUUAAUCUUUAUGAUGUGCUUAUGGUUGUUUUUGACGUCUACAGACAUCUUUCCAAGCCUGACAAGAGGGUGAUAAGAUUGAUCAACCACGUAGGAGCUCAGGUACACCCAAAACAGAAGCGGGUAUUGUGCAUGAAUAAGGUUGAUUUAGUCGAGAAUAAAAAAGAUUUGUUGAAGGUUGCCAAGGAAUUUGGAGAUCUUCCUGGUUAUGAGAGAUAUUUUAUGAUUUCUGGGCUCAAAGGUUCGGGGGUUAAAGAUCUUUCUAAAUAUUUGAUGGAGCAGGCAGUUAAAAGACCGUGGGAAGAAGAUCCGACUGCUAUGACUGAAGAUAUUAUGAAAAAUAUAUCAUUAGAAGUUGUGCGUGAAAAGUUGCUAGACCAUAUUCACCAGGAAAUUCCUUAUACUCUAGAACAUCGCUUGAUCGACUGGAAGGAUUUGAAAGAUGGUUCUCUUAGGAUUGAGCAGCAUUUGAUUGUUUCUAAACCAAGUCAGCGCAGAAUACUUAUCGGAAAGAAAGGCUCUAAAAUAGGGAGAAUAGGGAUGGAAGCAAAUGAAGAACUGAGAUCCAUAUUCAAGAAGGAUGUGCAUCUCAUUAUCCAAGUCAGAGUCGCAUGACAUAGUGUUGGAUAUAUUGACGGGUCUGUCAAAUGCGUCAUCUAGGCUUAUCCUCCUCCUUGUACAUACAGAUAGUCCUGAUAACAGUUACAGUUCGACUCACAACCAAGUAAGGAAUUAUAAUCUUCUUUUCAGCCAUGCUCAAGUUUGCCCGGAAAAGUAAUGGCAGCUGCUGGUUGAUCAUUUCCUAAUGCGGGUCAAGUUCGAAGCCGCACAUAUUAAGAUCAAGCCUUAUGUGGAAAUUAAAUGAUGGCUGUCCGUUGAUCGUUUUCCGCUGCGGGUUAACUUUGAAGCUCGAUACCUGUACCUGUUUUGGUCUAAUGAGUCCUGAAGACAGUCUUAUCUUAUAGCUGGCAUGAAAGUGUUGCAGUUGUAUUUGAGUUUGCCUCUUUGAAUUGAUUUGUCAAACAGAACGUCAAGAACAUUAUCUAUUUUUGUUUCUAAAGGAUUAAAGUGCAAGUUGGAAACGGCAGUCGGUAGAUUUUUUUUUUUUUUUUUUUGAAGCAGGCAGUUCGUAGAUAGUAAUUAUUUGUUGUUACUGAGGGGAAGUAAUU